UAUAUUCAUUGUUGACAAUUAAGUGCCUUAAUUUGAAUUUCUUUAUUAAAUAAAAUAAUACAGCUAACAAUAAAUUCAACCAUGAAAUCGUUAAAUAAAAAAGGAUAAUUUUUUAUAGAAAAAAAAACAUAACAAACUAGAAAAAAAUAUAUACAAACUGGCUCAUGUUUACAUACCAAGAUAAUUUGUAAGAAAAUUUUUCCUUCAGUUGGCUUACUCAUAAUGGAUAUUAAAUUAAACAAAGAGCAUUUAAUUGAAAAUUUAAUGAAAUUUAGUGAAGAAACAACUAAAAAAUUAAAUGACAUCUUACAUGAAGUUGAUUGGAAUGAAAACAUCACUGAGGAAAAUUCGGUGAAUACUAUUUGUCCAUUUGAUUCAAAUCAUCGUGUACCUGAUAAAAAUUUGGAGCAACAUUUAGAUAGAUGUCAAUGGAAAGCUGAAGGUUAUGAUGAACAAGAUUUGCCUCUGUCUAUUCCAACUGUACCACCUGAUGGACCAUCAUGUAUAAAAUUUGAUGAGUCGUUGAUAAAAAGCAUUCUUGAAAUUAGUAAACUCCAACAAAUUCAUACAAAGCUAGGAAAUGAUAAACGAUUAGUUCCAAGAACUUCAGAUCGACUUGUUGCUGAUUUUACACCAGAAGAAAGGAAGAUACUGUAUGACUACGUAAUUGCAAAUACAAUUCCAUUUGAAAUUGGUGAAGAAGUUGCUGACCUAGAAAAAUUACAAAAAGAAAAUGGUGAACGUAAAAAUGUAUCAUAUCUUGAGCUGAUUGCACAAGAAAGAAAUUUAAAAAGAAGAAGAGCCAAACAUCGUGGUGUUCAUACAAAUAAAAAAUCACAUCUUGAAGUAUUACGAGAAGUUAUUAAUCAUCAAAUGGAAAUGUUGGCUGAUCAUGUUAAUGAAAAACAUCAAUUAGAGUUAGUAAAACCUGAAAAAUCACAUGAAAAUAAUUUCGAAAAAUUUAAUAAUUCUAAGAUAAAUAAUUAUUCACGUGAUUAUGCUGAUGAUAAACAACGUAAAUAUGAAUCACCAAGAGAUUACGAUGAUCAUCAUCACUUGAAGAGACAAGAAAGAUCUAGACAUUCCAAAAAAUCAUCAAGGGAUCGUGAUAAAUAUGACGAACGUUAUCAAAAUAAUUAUGAUGAAAAAAAACAUCGUACUCGAAGAGAUGACAGUCAUCAUAGUGGUGACCAUCAUCACAAACAUAAACACAAACAUCACAAAGAUCAUCAUCAUCGUUCAUCUUCAUCAAAAAAAUCAAGACACGAUGAUGAAAGACCCAGCAAACGUCGUAAACAUUAUGAUUAAUUAAAUUUUUAUUAGAAUUUUUUUACAAUAAGCUAAAAAAUAUAUUAAAAAAAACAAUGAGAAAUUAAUACUGUUUAUU